UUUCUGGGUCAUAAGCAUUAUCCUCGACUCGAGUGUUUUUCUAGUCACCAUGAGAAGCUUGAGGUUUUAUUCCGAAAGCCACCGGGAAAGAUAUCCAACGCUUUUGCUUCGCUUACUCUAUCGAGACGCUGUCAUAUUCUUUACAUUUAGUAUUUUAAAUAGUGCUCUUGUUAUUUUUGCAUGGACUGUUUUCUCUGAUGGUCCCAUAAACAACAUCCCCGUAACGUUUACUGUCCCUCUCCUCAAUAUCGCUGGCCAGCGGCUCGUUUUGAACUUGCGCUCGACAAUGGCACAUUCACAGCGGCAUGCUAUGGAUACCACCCGGCUGGAUCAAGAAGUGAGCCGCCAAAUUCGGGCCUUUGUUGGCGUCGAAUCAGAUCCGAUGCUGAGUGGCCAUGAAUGCAACUGCGCCCUUGGAUGCGAGUGCGUUUGCGACGACCAGGAUGUUGCUCUGCCUACUUCAAGUUCAUGCUGCGAGCAUCAGCUAGCAGAACGGGUUGAGAGACAACGGCUUGGGGAUGUGGAACUGACUGAAGUAGCUGAUAGUGAAGAUGUUGAUAGCUAUUACGCGAGAAAUUCCUGAGUGUGUGUAGAUAUACUUAUAACUGGUUAAUUGAUAGCAUUGAUUUAUGCUGCGGUGCAAUUCUAAUAAUUCUUUUAAUUGCUCAGUGUACGUUCUGCUUUUUGGAGGAACGGAGG